AUGCUGAUCACGCUCUGCUAUCUCUACCUAUGGGCGCGCUGGGGGCUUUGCUCGGCCGCGCUCAUCCGUCGCACCGUGCGCCGCCUCCACCGCUCCCGCUGCUCUUUCACUUUCUGCUGCUGCGCCGGCCCGGCGCCACCGCCGCCGACCCGGCAGCCGCGCAGGCAGGUGCCGCCCGAGGAGCGGGUCUGCCUCCGCGUAGGGAACAAAGUCUUUUUCACGGACGAGACGCAGUCCCUUGAGGAUUUAAACAGGUGGAGUCUACUUCUCAUUUCUCCUUUUAUUUAUCCUGAUAAGUUACUUGAAGCAGAACACAUAGCUUUUGUGACAGAAAGCAUUUCAGCUCAAACAGAUAACUUGCAGAAAAUACCUGCCUGUUCGAAAGAGGUUGUGAAGUGGUCAGACUAUUGCUCACCUUUGGCCUAUAAACCUGGUGAGCCUUAUAAAUUAAUUGCUGAAGCAAGCAUUGAUAACUUCAGUAACCUUGGAAUUGCGUUCAUGGAGGACAGGCUUCAGAUGGAUAACGGAAUGGUGCCACGCAAGAUUGUUUCUGUCCAUUUACAGGAAUCUACUCUGAAGGAAUUAGGGCAGGUGUCACCAUCUGUAAAAGAGAAAAGAAGUGUAAGCAGUACACAGAUGAAUGAACUAACACCUGAUGCUGCCCUUGGGUCUACUGCUAGAUCAGGAUUAGAAAUAGCUGCAAGUCCGGGUGAUCCAGAGUCAGAAGAGGAGAAAUCUGAGCUAGAGAAAGCAAGCAAGCAUGAAGAUGAAUCUAGUAGUCUAUCUGACAAAGAGAGUCCUGGAGAACAUCAUCACUUACAUCUUUCCAGCUGUCAUGAAUGUCUGCAACUUGAAAACAGUACUAUUGAAUCAGUCAAAUUUGCCUCUGCAGAAAACAUUCCUGAACUUUCUGAUGAUUACAGUAGCAAACUGGAAGAGAAAAGUAAUGACUAUAUAGUAAGAGAAAUAAAAAGAGUAAACCUUGCCGGAAAGCCCCCUAAUGUCUUGAUUUAUGUUGGCUCUGAAACUUCAAAAAUGGAAUUUGAGCAGGUAAAAUCCAUCCUUCAGGAAUGCAUUGAUGGAGACAGCUACGCAAUCUAUCAGUUGUAUGAGGAGCAAGUUCUGAAAGCUCCGUGGAUUGAUAAUGCUCUGCUGUUGGUCAUUGCCACACAGGAGCCUAUUUCUGAGGAAAAUCACAAACAGUUCAUGAAGUUCUUAUCUAAAGGUGGAAAGAUUUUAGGAUUUUCUUCCUCUUUUACAUUUGAUGAUAUUCAAAUAAAGAGAAAGAAGAAGCUGAAGAAUACUGUUCAUGAAUUAAUGGUCUCUAAACUGGACAACACUGAAAUUAAGCUAGAUCUUUUGAUCAGUGGCUGCGUUUUUGAGGGAAUGAAGGAAAAUAUUGGCAAAGUAAAGCUACUGAGUCGCUUAAAUAAUGCUGAUAAAGAUAUAGUUAUUGUUCAUCUGACUUAUGGAGACAGUGGAGGAGAAGCCAUUCUUUCUCAGGUGCACCUGGAGUUGGAUAUCAACUCUAUAGAUACCCAAACUGAAGAUGAUUUUAAUUCACUUAAGCUGAGCAAUACCAAGAGAUAUGAAGUUUUGAAGGAUAUCUUGAUAUCACUUGGCCUGAGUUGUGAACUAAGUGAAACUCCUGUGUUAACACCUGUAUAUCUACUGUCCUCUGAUGAGGAAAUCCAUCUUGCUUUUCUGAAAUGGCUUGAGCAGAAUGUAGAUGCUGAAGGAUUAAUAGAAUCCAGCAAGGUGUCCCUUAAAUUUGUUUCAUCUUGUGAAUCAAAAAUGGAGGUAACUCCAUCUCUCAUGUCAGUCAUCACUCAAAUGAGAAGCUUCUCAUCAGAACAUUUCAGCCUGGAGACAUAUCAGCAGAACCUGCAGACAAAGAAGCUUGGAAAGAUCCUUCUGUUUGUUGAAGUUACUACAACAACAAUGAAUCUUCUAGAUGGGUUAAUGUUCAAGUUGCCUGAGGAGAUGGGUUUAAUAGCAGUUGCUGUUCGACAGACACAAGGGAAAGGUCGUGGUGGAAAUGUUUGGCUCAGUCCCGUGGGCUGUGCACUGUCCACUUUACAUAUCACCAUUCCUCUCUAUUCCAACCUGGGCCAGAGAAUCCCUUUCAUUCAACAUCUAGUGUCCUUGGCAGUGGUAGAAUCAGUUAGAUCAAUACCAGGAUACGAGGGUAUCGAACUGCGAGUAAAAUGGCCAAACGAUGUUUACUACAGUGAUCUUAUGAAGCUUGGUGGAGUUUUGGUAAAUUCUACACUUGUUGAAACAACAUUUCAUGUACUUAUUGGCUUUGGAUUUAAUGUGAGUAACAGCAACCCCACCAUAUGCAUCAACGAUCUCAUCAAAAAAUACAAUAAGGAAGAGGGGACGCAACUGAAGCCUUUAACUACAGACUGUCUUAUUGCAAGAACUGUAACUGUACUGGAGAAGCUAAUAGAUAUUUUUCAGGAGAAAGGGCCCAAUGGAGUUCUUCACCGUUACUACAAAUACUGGAUACACAGUGGCAAGCAAGUCCGUCUCCACAGCGAGGAGGGCCCGGUUGCGUGGAUAGUCGGGAUAGAUGAUUGUGGGUUCCUUCAAGUUCACGAGGAAGGCAAAGGCAUAGAGUCUGUGCACCCGGACGGCAACUCUUUUGACAUGAUGAAAAACCUGAUAGUCCCAAAGCAAUCGUAGUCCUCCGAGCUGACAGUGCAAAAGGCGGUUCCCUAGUAUUUGGCAUUGUGCAGCUAAACAUGCUUAAGGGUGGCAAGGGUAGCUUAUGGCUUGGUAGCUUUUUUUUUCUGAUUUCUGAUAUCUCUGUUCUUUGACAUGGAUAAUAUCAGUGCUUUAAGAAAAAGUAAUUACCUCAUUGCUGAAGAUCUUUAUUCUGCCAAAGUAAUUAAAAAAAAUUACCUUGC